AUGGGCAGCGUCGACGGAGAUGAAAGGGCCCUCGGAGGCCGGCUCCUGCUGAUAUCCAACCGCCUCCCCAUCACCAUCAAGCGCUCCGACGAUGGCCAGUACAGCUUCUCCAUGUCCUCGGGCGGCCUCGUCACGGGCCUGAGCGGUCUGUCCAAGGCAACCAGCUUCCAGUGGUACGGCUGGCCUGGACUCGAGGUCCCCGACGCCGAGGCCGGUCCGCUGGUCAAGAGGCUGAAGGACGAGUACGGCGCCCACCCCGUCUUUGUCGACGACGAGCUCGCCGACAGGCAUUACAACGGAUUUUCGAACUCGAUCCUGUGGCCUCUCUUCCACUACCACCCCGGCGAGAUCACCUUUGACGAGUCUGCCUGGGCUGCUUACAAGGAGGUGAACAGGCUGUUUGCUCAGACUGUCAUUAAGGAUGUUCAGGAUGGCGACAUGAUCUGGGUUCACGACUACCAUCUCAUGCUGCUGCCCGAGAUGCUCCGCGAGGAGAUUGGCUCCUCCAAGAAGGACGUCAAGAUAGGCUUCUUCCUCCACACCCCCUUUCCCUCCUCCGAGAUCUACCGCAUCCUGCCUGUCCGGGAGGCUCUGCUCAGGGGCGUCCUUCACUGCGACUUGCUGGGCUUCCACACCUACGACUAUGCCCGCCACUUCCUCAGCUCUUGCUCCCGCAUCCUCUCGGCACCCACCACCCCCAACGGCGUCGAGUAUGCCGGCCGCUUCGUUACAGUCGGCGCAUUCCCCAUCGGCAUCGACCCGGAGAAGUUUGUCGAGGGUCUCAAGAAACCCAAGGUCAUGGAGCGUAUCGCAGCACUAACACGCAAGUUCGAGGGUGUCAAGCUGAUUGUCGGCGUCGACCGGCUUGACUACAUCAAGGGCGUGCCGCAAAAGCUACACGCGCUCGAGGUGUUCCUCACGGAGCAUCCGGAAUGGAUCGGCAAGAUAGUGCUGGUCCAGGUGGCUGUACCCAGCCGGCAGGACGUGGAGGAAUACCAGAACCUGCGCGCAGUCGUCAACGAGCUGGUGGGGCGCAUCAACGGCAAGUUCGGCACCAUCGAGUUCAUGCCCAUCCACUUCCUGCACCAGUCGGUCAGCUUCGACGAGCUGGCGGCCCUGUAUGCCGUCUCAGAUGUGUGCCUGGUGAGCUCGACGCGCGACGGCAUGAACCUGGUCAGCUACGAGUACAUCGCCACUCAGCGCGACAGGCACGGCGUCAUGAUCCUGUCCGAGUUCACGGGUGCUGCCCAGAGCCUGAGCGGCUCGCUUAUUGUCAACCCCUGGAACACGGAGGAGCUGGCCAACGCGAUCCACGAUGCCGUCACCAUGGGCCCCGAGCAGCGCGAGAUCAACUACAAAAAGCUCGAGCGCUACGUCUUCAAGUACACGAGCGCCUGGUGGGGCCAGAGCUUCGUCACGGAGCUCAACCGGAUCGCCGACGUCGAGGUCGAGUCCAAGGCAAAGCUCGCCCUGCGCAGCGCUGCCGAAACUGUCAAGAGCGGCGCACUGAAGGCGGCCGACGCUGUCUCUGACGCCAUUUCAGGCGCUGUUGGAGGCAGCAGCUAA